AUGGUAAUCUCGGAGGGUGGGUGCUCGGACAGUUUGCGGGCAGAUCGACGACGGCGCCGGGUUUCGUCAGAUCGAUAUCACCCACCGGAGUUUUUUAUUCGGCCGCAGCAGUGCAUCCUGCUCCACACCUAUAGCAAUCCGCUGUUAUACCUUGGCCAUUACGGGAGAAGCAGUCAUGGAAUCCCCGCUACUGGGGGCUCUUCGCUCACCGUCACAUGGCGCCAAAUGACAGACACGUUUGCACGGUCGUCGUACACACGCUUGCUUUCGAGAGUUUCCAACGCCGAUUUGGAUGGCAUUGACGUCGUCACAGACCCCAGCCAUGUGCGCAAGGCCACGGCCGAUCUCAGUAGAGGCUUCAGGCCCAGACCUGGGUUACCUACCUGUAGCAAAAGCGGUGCUCGGAAGCGCAACGCAACGCAAGGCAAUGCAACGCAACUGACAGUUGACAAGCGUGGUGUUGGCCAUGGUGAACCAAAGUCGCGGGCCUGGUUUGUGUCAGGUCGAGCCACACCCAGAUUUCUUGUCCUGCCAGGGUUCAAAAGUGGACAAUCCCCUCGCCCCCUCGUCGUCCUCGUGGCGCCUGGUGCGUCUUUGUUUGAAAUUUAUUCCUCGCCUGGAUGA